ACCUUCCAAGACUUCCUAACACUUAGUGACAGCAUUGUGCAGCUUCGUUAUCAUGCCUUCACGACACCAAGUAGAAGAACUGUACAGGCGCGACGAGAAGGCUGGCGGGAAGCUUCUUACCCCACAGGAGAGAAUAAAGCUCUUGGAGCCAUACCUGCCACCCACCAAGGCCACUCAAGAACAGAACGAGCGUUCUCGAGGCCGGCGACCCACCUUUGGCCUUCGAAAAUUCCUCAAGUCGCAGAUACACCUCCUGGUCUUUACCAUUGUCCAUACGAUCUUCUCCAUAUACAUCCGAACCCGACAAGCCUACCAUGUUGUCCGUGACCGCAUAUUCUCCAUCUUCUACUAUCACCACCGCGAUCCCGCCAUGAUACAAAAGGACGUCAAGGGUUUGGAAAGACUACCCAAGAUCCUGAGCGUCAUAUUAAAGCUGGAAGAUGACGGCAAGGGAGGUGCCGAGCUUGAGAGGCUGGUGAACGAGGUGGCAGAGAUCUCGGCCUGGUGCGCUUGCGCCGGCAUACCCGUGCUGAACGUCUACGAGAAGACAGGACUUUUGAAGCAAUACCUUCCCGAGAUACACCGAGCAAUCUCGCAGAACCUCAAAUCGUAUUUCGGCAAGCAACAUCCGACCCUGGCGCUAUGCGCUCCUCACGUCGAGUCAAUCGAGUCACCAGCACCGACGGCUGGUUACGGAGGGGAUGGGCCAGGUCACCUGCUGGUCAGGCUGGUAUCACACGAGGACGGACGGGACUCCCUAGUAGAUUUGACCAAGACACUGGCAGAGAUGGCACAGAGGAACAAGGUGGACCCUGCGCAUAUCGACUCGGCUCUCCUUGACGGGGAGCUGAAGGAUAUCGUGAUGGAGGAGUCGGACCUGCUGAUCAUAUUCGGUCCCUAUGUUGAGUUCCAGGGAUACCCGCCCUGGCACCUACACAUCACCGAGGUAUUUCACGUCCCAGACAACGAGGGCGUUGGCUACCAGGUGUUCUACCGCGGCCUUUGCAAAUACGCCAAUGCGCAGUUUCGAUGGGGCCGAUAGUUGAGGCCUUCCAACAUGUUGGAGCUUCUGUACAGAUUCAAGGCAUGACAAAGAAAGAAAUAAAACAGAAAGAAAAGAAGAAAAAGAAGGACAAAUGCAAGAGAGAUGUCAUUGAUAGCAUUAGAUUUUUCUUUUUCUUUUCCCCUGUCCUUCGAGUUUCUAUACCCCCCCCCCCCCAAAUCAAAAUCAAGACUUCCAGAUUUGCAUCUC